GCUAAUAUACGUUCUCUGAUAUUUUGUUUUGGCCAAAACAAAUCGAUUAUUGUUCCUUGUUCUCGAACUCUUCGUCUCUGUUUUGUAAAAUGUACAUAGUUAUCACUACAUUAAGUAACAAUUGAAAAUGAUAAAUCUUUUUAUGUAAACGCCGAAUAACUGCGAUUAGUAGUGAACAUCAUCGACAUCGCCAUGGCUUUAUUGACACGUCGGACUUCUCCCGGCUCACCUAAGGCCAUGCAACGUUUCCAAAACUGCAUCGCUUUUCUCUGGCCUUCUUUGAACUCGGGACCAGCUCAAGCUCAUGCAAUACAGCGUAAAUCCGCUCAAAUCGAUUCGCUGGAUUGUUUAACAAAUGAACUAGUUAGUCGCAAUUCAAAGAAAUGGGACGAGCUAAGAGAUUUGUUCAUAAGGAAGCCCAACAAAAUUGAAUCAAACCCUAACAACUUUAGUGAUCAAAACGAAAUUGUGUCCACAAGUUUCGGUCAGAAUGUGAACAUUUUGUCUAAAGGUGUUGUCAGUGAUUUUGAAGUUAUUUGCUCCCCGCAGUUAGGCCUAGAUAUUCGUUCUUUGUCUCAACCGCAACUGGACAAUUUGUUAUUAUCCACUGUAGAGAUUAAAAAUAAGCCCGAUUUUCUAUAUCUAAUCAAGCAGUGCAUACGAUAUCAACAAUUACCAUCAAAUGAAGUGCUGUUAGGAAGUCUUAAAUACCUCAUGCAGUUGUGUCGAUUGCAGCAAAUAGAAUCCCUAGCAGAUUUAUGUAAAUUGCGCGAACAUCCGCUUGUGAAAGUAUAUGCUAAUUUUUCACCUUUCAAAGCAAUGGCACUGUGGCGAAGCGGGAGCGCAGAUAUAGCUUUAGUAACGCUUCACCGAGAUUAUGGUAAUUGCAUGGAGACAGGUGAAGGAAGAAAAUUGGCACGAAAUGUUUUCCGAACAAUUGUAGAAGACACAUUAUUGCAAAAGAGUGAAGCUGUUUUAGUUUCACUGAUGCAGGUGGCACGAUCAAUAUAUACGGAGCAAAAAGAUAUUUUCGUAGUUGCCUGUGUGUGGAAACAAUGUUUCGCAAGCGAAUGGUUCUCUGAUCAAAAAUCAGCAGCUGACUUGUACGACAAUUAUCAGGAGUUACAACAACUUGUUGCUAGACGAUCAAGUUCACUCUGCUCUUCAUUUCUUCGGACAAAUAAUGUGGACGCUGUGCAUAGGUUGAUUGAAGUAUUUUUGCAAAAUGAGCAACGAGAAGCUUGUGCCAAUUGCCUCAGUUUGUUGUUUAACUACCAAUACCUACGUAGCGAUUUGCGCGCUUGUGCUGAAAUAAUUAAGUCAUGCAGCGAGUUGGGUAUGCCAUUAAGUGAUGUACAAAAUGAACAGUUUUUGACUUUGUUCCUUAAUCAACCGACUAUCGGCAAUGUACGCAGUAAGGAAAAUCAUCAACCAAAACCAGUAAAAGAAUUUCAAUUCAAAUUUUAAAUGGUGAUAUUCUUUGAUGAUACUGUAUAUCUGUUAACUUUUAAUUAGAAAAAGUAGCUUUGUUUUUUUUUUGCUCAAAAAUUUGAGUAACACAUGUAAUUUGCACAUAAAGCUGUUCAUUCUAUAAAGUUAUAAAUAAAGUAAUAAAUUAUUUAUGAUUAUUGUUAAAUUAAA